UGAGCAGGCACAGGCAGCAGCAGACAGUAGUCAGGCGGCAGUGAUGAGCUACCUGGAUGAGGUUCCCUUCCGCAAGGCCUGCAGCCUCGACGGGGACUCAGGGGGAGAAAUCACUUUAAUCACUGCUCCGGCCAUCGAGGUCCCCGACUGCACCGACAUCCUCAUGAGCACCAUGUAUGACUUCUCGCUGGAAAGAAAAGUGCUUUACUGGGUCGAGGUGGCCUCUCAGCAGCAAACCUCCCGCCAUCGGGUCACCUCUGAAGUCAUCCCCACGGCUCCCCCGUGCUGGCUGCUGCUGGUGGACCCUGCUGACCGCUAUGGUGGGAGAGCACGGGACGGGCCCGUGCGGCGCAGCAUCAGCCUGAGCGCUGCUGACAGCAGCCAUGGGCCUGCCAAGGGCAGAGGUGCCUUGACCGACACUGAGAGUGAGACCUGGUGCUCGGAGGAGGAUGGGUACUCGGAGGAUGAUGAGUACUCCUCGACCUCCUGGGAAGAGAGCGACAAGGAUGAGAAGAAUUCCAGGAGGAGAAAUGCUGGGAGAAGUGGGGCUCCACAUCCUGGCUUUUACCAGACCAGACCAAAGACAUCACCUGGUUUGCUGGAGCCCUCACCGGAGAGCAGCAUCCACAGCACAGCCAGCGCGGUCCUGAGCAAGCAGAAGAGACCCAUGGUGAUCUUUAACAACAUGAAGAAUGAGCUGGAAGCGGCCAGGAGGAAGCUGGCUGCUUUGGUGCACCCUUUGAACAGAGCUGCUGUGCCACAGCCCCUGCCCCAGCAUCCCCACACCAGCCGCGGCGUCAGGUUCAGGCCAGCCCUGGAUGCGUCCCAGCCGGGGACCCUGGUGCCAUCACCACCCAUCACCAUGCCGAUCCCCCCCAUCAAACGGCAUAAACCCACAGUGCCGUCCCUCAGCCCCUACGCCUGCCUCCCCCCUGCCUCUGCGCCUGCACGACCCCUCAGCUCCUGCACAUCCCAGCCGGAUCCGGCCGCUGACCUGCUCUCAGCACUGAGCCAAGAGGAGCGAGACCUCAUUGAGCCCGUGAUAGCCUUGGGCUACCCCACCCACAAAGCCAUCCUCACCCUCCAGAAGACUGGAAGGCAAAGCUUAAGUCAGUUCCUGAGCUACCUGAGCGCCUGUGACCGGCUGCUGAAGCAGGGCUACGAGGAAGGGCAGGUGGAGGAGGCCAUGGAAAUGUUCCAGUACUCAGAGAAGAAGGCAGCUGAAUUCUUGCGUCUGUUAUCUCAGUUCAAUGAUAUGGGUUUCCAGCAAAAUGAAAUCAAAGAAGUUCUUCUGCUUUGUGGGAAUCAGAGGGAGAAGGCGUUGGAAGAGCUCGUGAUGAAAGCCCAGUGACCUGCACCCUGGAUCCCAGCCACAGCUCCCCUCAGUCUGGACCACGUAAGGACUCGGGUGGGUCAGCACACGUUUACCCUCCUGCUGCUC